UAUGUAAACAACACCAAAUCACGUUAGCUGACAAAACUGUGGCGACUAGUGCGAGUGUGCGUCGUUUUUAAUUGAAAUUAUAGGGCUUGUUCAAAGUGAUAAGAUCAGUCAUGGAGGCGAGAUUAUUUCAGACUCGACGAUUUCGUCCUUAUAUCGAUGGCAGUCAGAAAUAUCGCUGCAAAUGGUCGAGCGACGAUCGCGUAGCAAUUUUAACCCUCAACGAGGUCAUAAUAUACAGUAUUGUGCACAAGAUGACCGAAGUAGAUGUAAACAAUUACUUAAAAUUAUCCAGUCCGAGCUUUAUCUACGCGCGUCAGGAAAUUAACACCUCUUCUGAUGAUCUAGAUUCCUCCGAUGAGCUUUUUGAUUUGAGGAGGCAAGAUUACUUGAAUACUCGAUUUCCGGAUGAUUGCGAAAUGGACAAUGAAAUUAGAGACGUUUUUUGGUCGCCGAAAAAUUUAAUAAAUCCAAACCAAUGUAUGCUAGCCGUUAUAACAUCCGAUGGUGUUUUAGAACUGGCUGCACAAGCGGAUGAUGAAUGGAUUUCUGUUCAUGACUUUACCACUCAAUGGAAUCAAAUUAUCAACCCUUCUGACAUGACCGAUAAUGGGAGUUUAGCAGCCUGUAAAUCAAAUUCUAAUCGAUUAUUUUGCGCAACUUCGGCAUGGAGUUGCUGUUAUAAAGAUGAUGACCAGUCAAAUUAUGCCUACUUUAUAUCAGCUUAUGAAAGUUCUGAAAUUGCAAUUUGGAAAGUUAAAGGUAUAAAUAGUGAAGAUAUUGGACUUGAUUUAAAAAUGGAUAUAGAACUUAAAUUUAAAUACAAACUUCAAAAUACUGCAAUUAUCAGUGCAUUAUCAUGGAUAGAAAUAGAUAAGGAUAAUUACAUGCUUCUUGUGGGAUUCAGUGAUAGUCAUAUUGAUUGCCUUAAAAUAAACCAACACAAAAGUGAAAUUUUAAUGUCAUUUUGUGAACCAAUUUUGAAUAACUCUAACUAUGGUCCAGUUAACUCCAUUCAGUUAGUGGAACAAAAAGACAAUUUUAUCGAUGUUGUAGUUAUUAAUGAAUGCAUUUUAAGUACGCUUUGCAUCAAUACCAAAGGAAAUAUGAUUAGCAUGAAAUGUGCUACUUUUCCAUUUGCUAUAACUGGUGCAAGUCAUAUUGAACCUGAUUUGAUGUUAGUCACUACUAUUGAGUGCAACAUGUUGAUAGUUAAAAAUUUACAAAAUCAAAAAGAAAUAACUUAUACAGAAAUAAAAUCAGAUUUACCAAAAGAUGGUCUGCAAUACCUAGGACUAGGAUGCUCUCAAAAUAAAGUUAUAUUUUCAGUUAUUUGCAGUCCAGCUGUAGUACAUGAUGCCUUGGCUAAUAGACAACCUAGUUCAAUAAAUUUUUUUAGUCUAUUUGACCUUUUUCAAAAAGAUCUCGUUCUUACACUUCUUAGUAAACCAACUCUACAGGAUAACUGGGACUUUUUGGAGUUGAUUAAAGUUAAUAUGUUAAAAGACAAUGAUAUUUCGCUGAAUUUGAAAAAACUUAUAUCAAAUUUAGAGAAGUUAUCUUUUCAUGAGUGUCGUGUUGCAUAUUGGAUCAUGUCAUUUAUUUUGGUAGCAAAGCAAAGUAAUGAGCAAGAAGAUACAAACUUACAAUGUAAUGUAAACUUGGCUGAACAAAUCGAAACAGCAAAAUCAUACAUAUUAUCCUAUUCAGCAUCAGAACGACUGAAAUAUUUGUCCCAACAAGAAAUAUUGAAUGAUUAUCAAAAAAUGAGUAUUUAUUUAUUACAAUGUCAUUUAAAUGUAUGGCUUGCUGGCGAAGAUAAGGAGUCAGAAGAUAAGGAAUUAGAAAUGCCACUUAUAAUGACAGUCAAAGAGGCUCUAAAAGUCACUAGCCAAUUUGAAGAUGUACAACAGGAGAACUGUGAUAAAUGCAAUGUACCAAUUUUGGAGCCUUGGGCUGAAAGCUGUUCAUCUGGUCACUUUUUGGAAAGAUGUCCGAUAACAGGUCUCCAAGUACACGAAGUACGACACCGCAUGUGCUCAAUUUGUCAUCAAUUGUAUCACCCUUGUUUAGAUGCUGAAAUUGAUGAGAUGAAAUGUUUAUAUUGUCAUUUGCCAGUAAUGUAUGAUACAAAUAUUCCUUUUGAGAGUCUACAUAUCAGUGAUAAAAAUUUAUCUAGGCCUAACAAAGGAGCUUUUUCUGAUAAUGAAUUUCUAGAGGAUAUUGAUGAUUAACUCAUACAGGUGUUACAUUAAUGGUUUUAGAUCUGUGAAGAACUAUUUUUAGUUAAUCAGCAAAAUAAUGUUUUAAUUACAGCUCUCUUGUAAAUAAUUGUACUUAUAAGUGUAUUCAAUGAAUGAAACAACUGUAUAGAAUAUACAAACCUUAUGUAAAAACUUUUUUCCGUAA